UAGGUGUGUACGUGAGGUUAGGAUAGUCUAUAAUGUGAGUCUGCAUGUGGCGUUCAGUCAGUGGCUGUAGGGCGCGGGAGGUGAAUUUAGUCAGGUUGCGUGAAGAUGGAGCAAGUCCGGUCGACUGUCACUAACUUUUUUGGCAGGGUUCCUCUCUCGUAUACCCGUUUCAGUCUGACGCAGCAGGCAGAUGGAGAUUCUAGCCAAGUGGAAAUGAAGCUAGCUGAUGAUGAGGAGGAAUGUGGAGAUCAUGUGAUGGCCGAUAAUGUUGUGAAGCAUAGAAAAGGAAACAAUUGUAAAGGCACCUGUUUUAAAAUUCUUGCUGCAUCUCUCUUAUUCUUGACAGGAUUCCUUAUCGGCUACUUAAGUUAUAGAGGACGCGUUGAAACGGUAUUCAAGAACCAAGAAAAGGACGAUGGUGUACCCGAAUCUUCUGUUGGCUUGGAUUCUCCCGCAGAGACUGACUCUGUCCCUGAAAUGUCCAAUGUGUUACACUGGGGCGACUUGCAGUCAUUGCUGUCAUCAAAGACUGAUAAUUUGAUUUUCAAAGAUAACAUAAGGAAGCUGACUGACAUUUCUCGUGAAGCUGGUUCCGUAAACGAGGAAAGCAUGGCCUUAAUGAUGCAUAAUGCGCUCAGCAACAUGUCUUUGGAUAAAGUGUGGAAUGAUGAACACUAUGUCCGCCUGCAAGUCAAUGGAGAUUCACCAAACAAAAUAACCAUCUUUAAGAAUGAUGAUACAGAGGACACCAUAACCCCAACAUCGUAUGUGGCCUACAGUGCUUCAGGCACUGUUUCUGGAGGUUUACUGUACUGCCAUUAUGGAAGAAAGGAAGACUUCAAAACACUGCAAGACCUGAACAUUGAUUUUUCCGGAAGCCUGGUUCUAGUGCGAUCUGGGUUAAUCAGCUUUUCUGAAAAGGUUAAGAAUGCAGAACUUGCCAAAGCUCUUGGCGUACUGAUCUAUCCUGAACCUUCAGACUUUACUUUCCCUAUGUCACAGAGCCGUACUAUAAACUCUCCUUUUGGUCAUGCUCAUUACGGAACUGGUGAUCCGUACACUCCUGGGUUCCCAUCAUUUAAUAACACUCAGUUUCCCAGCGUUGAAUCUUCAGGACUCCCUAAAAUUCCAGUUCAAACUAUCUCUAGUGAAGAUGGCAGGAAACUUCUACAGAGCCUCGGAGGAGCUGUUUGCCCAUCCUCCUGGAAGGUUCAGUGUAUGCUGGGUCCGCAACUUAAAGACGCCAAAUCUGUUAAACUUGAUGUAAAGAAUGUUCUUGCUGAUAGGAAAAUUUACAAUGUUUUUGGUGUUCUACGAGGUUUUGAUGAACCAGAUCGUUAUGUUGUGGUGGGAGCUCAGAGAGAUGCCCAGGGCCCAGGUGCAGCCAAGUCGGCUGUGGGAUCUUCCAUUUUACUCAAGCUGGCUAGUAUGUUGUCAGAAAUGGUGAAAACAGAUGGCUAUAGGCCAAAGCGAAGCAUUGUAUUUGCCAGCUGGGGUGCCAGUGAAUUUGGAUCGGUUGGUGCUACAGAGUGGCUGGAGGGAUACCUAACCACUCUACAUCUGAAGGCAAUAUCCUAUAUCAGUCUUGAUUCUGCUGUUCAAGGUAAUGGAGCCUUCAGUGUCUCUGCAAGCCCCCUUAUGUACUCCAUAGUUGAAGACUCCAUGAAAGAGGUAAAAUAUCCUACUUCAUCCAACCAUCUAUAUCCUCAAUUUGUGAAAGGUUCCAAGUGGACAGAGACUAUUGUGACACCAUUUACCUUCGAAGAUACUGCCUAUCCAUUCCUGACAUACUCUGGAAUUCCAUCCGUAUCUUUCCGUUUUCAGAAGGAUAAUAAGCCUUACGCAUACCUUGACACUGAUAUGGAUACUCUAGACAAUCUUGAGAAUCUGGUUGACAUCGAUGUCAUGUGCCGAAGUGUGGCAGAGUUUGCUGGUCAGAUGGUAUUGCGCUUGACUCACUGGCAUAAACUUCCACUGGAAAUCAACCAGUACAGCACUGUUUUACUUCAGAUGGCUGUAGCACUGUUCAAGCAAUAUGCUGCUCUAAAGGAAAUGGGCUUAAGUAUUACAUGGAUUUCCUCUGCCCGGGGGGACUUCAAAAGGGCUGCUGAGUCCCUUAACACUGAGUUUUCACAGUCUGACCUGGACAAUAAGCCUUUCUUACGCUCUCUAAAUGACCGCAUCAUGAAGGUUGAACACAACUUACUGUCUCCUUACGCCUCUCCCAAUGACACUCCAUUCCGGCACAUUAUAUACGGAUCCGGCAACCACACAUUUGUUGCUUUGAUGGAACACUUGGAUUUGCUGAAUACGGAUAAGGCGAAGUUUGACAGAGAACUCUUCAAAAAACAAUUAGCCAUGCUUACUUGGACAAUCCAAGGGGCAGCUAAUGGAAUGGCCGGAGAGAUAUGGGAGAUAGACAAUGAGUUUUAAGUAGGAUAGUAUCUAAUCUCUCUUUCCCCCCCCACCCCAAAAAAAGCACUUAUAAAAU